AUGGCCUCUGGUGAGCUUGAACCCUCGCCACGACGAGAGCGGUACCGCGUGUUAUUACCAGCUGGACGGGCUCCUGAUCUAUAUAUCCUCUCUAGGCCCGAUUACUGCAAUGGCGGCUUCGACCAAUUCUGCGACUCCUCGCGGAAGUACAGCAACAUCUCCCUGAUCCUGGUCGACGCCGGCCGCCGCGACCUCCUCGACGACAUGAGCCGGUACUGGAAAGACUUCCGUGGCGACGACCCGACGCUCUGGGAACACGAGUGGAACAAACACGGGACCUGCAUCAGCACGCUCGAAACCCACUGCUACGAGGACUACUACCCGCAGCGCGAGGUCGUAGACUAUUUCGACACGACAAUGGAGCUCUUCCGCACCCUGCCCACUUACCAAGUCUGUCCUCCCCUCUGCAAGCAAAUACCCAAGACUAACCACCCCCAGACCCUCGCCGACGCCGCCAUCGUCCCCUCCUAUACAGAAACCUACACCCGCCAGGACAUCGAAAACGCCCUGGCCAAAGCUCACGGCGCCGAGGUCACCAUCCGCUGUCGCGGCCACACCCUCAACGAGAUCUGGUACUACUUCAACGUCGCCGGGCCAGUGCAAUCGGGGUCCUUCCUCCCCAGCCGGCCAGACGGCCAGACCUCCAACUGCCCCGCCAGAGGCAUCCGCUACCAGCCCAAGACGCCUCCUAAGCACGAACCCACGAAGACGCGGGGACCGUCCGAGCCAACCCAGCCCGGCAACCCCUUCUCGGGGAGAGGCAACCUAGUCGUCUCGACGAUGGGCCAGCGCAGAGGCUGCAUUAUCAGCCGCGGGACGUGGUACACCUCCGGUACCUGCGCAACCUUCAAGACGAGACCGGUGGCUGGCUCUGCCGAUGAGGCAUUCACCCUACAGUCCAGUAAGGGCCCCUGUGGCUUUGAUGAGGACGUGUUCAGCUGCGGGCCGCGCAUCACCCGCCCCGCGGAAUUCAGCGUCGACGAUACUAAGCUGUCCUAUAAUGGGAACACGACAUUCUUUGCCGACAAGGCUCCGAAGGGCGUUAUACAAAGUAAAGUGUACGCUUCGGAGGAAGAUCAUCCCAUUGAACUGACUAUCACUUGGAAAGAGACGUCUUGA